GAUGAAGGAAAUUUCAGUGCAAGACAAAUGUGAUUAUUUUUCUGUAGUCUGUAUCAAGUGGGAGAUCGAGACUAGCGAGACUGACAGGUAACGCGGAAAUUGUGAUUUUAGAAAUUUCUGAUACAUUUCCUAUGUAUUCAUACUGAUCUCUAUCUACUUCUGUUCUGUUGUGAGUGAGAGUUAAGACACAACACAAAUACAAGCCAAGCGAAAAGAAUCUCCAAAAAAUCAAGAUGGAGAAACAUGAUGAAACAUGUGAAACAAACAACAUCGUGGAAGAAAAAACACUGUCUAUCUUGUCAGAUUCUGCAGGGAUAGAAAAAGUUGCUUCUGAAGCGACAUUUCCAGAUAUUAGCACGGAAAUCUCAUCUCUCAAUGACGAACUAUCGAGGCUUCUUGAGAGUGUGCAUGCUUGCCAAUCAGAACGUAUGUUGUUUAGUCACCUUGAUGAAAAUAGAGAUGGGAAGGUAUCGCCGGCUGAAUUACGACAAUGCCUGGAGGCCAUCAGUGUGGAGUUAUCGGAACAGGAGCUAGUGGCAAUUCUAGACCCGUACUAUGGUGGUGGACUGUUGGAGCCAAGCUUGUGGAAUCUCAGGGGAACAAGGAAGCUGAAGGGAAUAAGAUACUUAUUUUCUUGGUUUUUCAGGAUGGACCAGCAAUUGGUCAAUUUGUCCCCAGUGGAGUCGCCAGUUCAAAAGAUGCUUAUUUUUCGGGUCUUUGACGUUUGAGCUAGGAAUCGACGAAUGAGAAAUCAUAAGCAUUUACUUUUCUGAAGAAAGGUUAAGGCAGACAGAGAAAACACUCUUCCUUUAUCCCGGAAUGAUUUGAAAAAUGCCCUGCUCGAACAAAAAGCUUUGAACCAUAAGCGUUUUCUACUCUUUGCAGUUGAGAGUAUGCUCGAUAUUUCUCCGCAACAACAUGGGAUUUUACUAACGUCAUGUGGUGGCCUCCUAAGUUACCUAGCAAAAAACUCUAGCACUCCAUUUGAAUACCCGUUUGGAAAAACCACAGACACACCAGUACCGUCGUUAUUAAGCUUUGAGGAUGCAGUUUUUGCUUUCUUCCCAGAAAUGGCACAUAUUGCAUUGUUCAUGAUAUUCUAUAUUAUGGCUUGGAUGCUGGUUUUGCUACUACGCUUUGGAGUGCAGAUGUUACUUAUGCUACUAUUGAUUUCUGCACCCGUCUUUUAUUUUCCCGAGCUGGUAAGAAAGGCGUCAGCUUCAGGGGUUCAUGUAGCUUGUGACGGCUCAUUCAAGCUGCCUCUGACAGUAUUUUCUACUUUAGGGGCUUUUGCCAUUACUUUUGUUUUUGGAUUAGUGGCAUUGUUAGUGUUUUAUUUGAUUUGGAGGUUCGUAUAUGGAAGGAAACCAACAAGAGGUAAAGAUAUUGAGGUUAGCUCGGAUGACUUAAAAUUGUAUCACUAAUUUUCUCAUUAGCUGAGUAGUAGUCACGGGCUAGCCUAGGUGCAUUGCAAGAAAACCAUUCACUUGAAGUGAGUGGAGACACUACGAGAUUGUGUUUAAUUGUACUAGUAUAUAUUGUGUCAAUUAGUGACGCCACAAAGAAGCAUACCCUUUGGAACGUGAAAAAUUGUGUUCCUGCAUAAUUCUGCUAAUGUCAGGUGCCGGACAUGAGAGCUCGAGUGCUCAUUAUACAAAUUUUGACAGCAGACAGCAUGCUACAUCUGCGCGGAAGGUGCUGGACUUGGGCAAUGGACACGACACCCGAGAGUCUUAGAGCUAAGUACCUGAAAUACAUGUGAAUAGGAAUUAGGUUAAAUGUAAUUAUUUUGUGUAAUUACUUGUAUAGCCCUGUAAACUCUAUUUAUACAAGAAAUAAUAAUGAGAAAGGUAUCAAGCCAAUUUUAUUGACAUGGUAUCAGAAGGUUCGAUCAAACCUAAAUCUUGUUACCUUGGCUAAACAGCGACACCCCACUGGGUCGCUCUUGAAAUCUCGUUCCUCGCUCUCGAAAUCUUGUUCGUCGUUGGUUUUUCGAAACAGUUCUUUGGAAAUCAAACCUGUCUGCUUUUGAUUUUGCGUUUUCGCCGUCUCGUGAUUUUGUCUUU